CAGGUUGGUGGUGCCACCUGUCGGCGAGGAGAGCAACUCGUGGUGGUCAUCGUCUGCACGUCAGCUGUGAGGAUGGCGGACCGUCUCUGACCCGACGCUGUGUGUGUGUGAAUGAUUAAUGAGUGAGAAUGAAUAUCAGUGGAUCCAAGAGAGAACAGUAACUACGUAAAAUUAAGUCUGGCCAUCAGCUGUCAUCAGAAUGCUUGGUAUUCUACUGUGGAAUAUUUUUGUAUUUGCUGCGGGUGCUAUGAGCAUAGUGGUAUCAGCAUGGUGGUGGAUAAUGACACAAAAGCUGCCAGAACCAGAAGCCAAGAAGCCAACUGUAACAGACACCAGCUUGCCUGAGGAACUGGUGGACAAGCUAAAGCAGGGAGAUGGGUUCCGCCGUCGAGAGACCUGCCUUGCGCUCAACUUGAUACUCCAGUUCUUUUUCCAAGAAAAGCGUCAUGAAGCUGGAAUCAUGCGAUGGCUCACAAACAUUCUUACUCUAGAGUUUAAUGAUCUGUUGAAACAUAAAGCUCUCUCUAAGUUCAUCCAUAACAUGCAGAUUCGAGACUUGAAUCUUGGAACAAACUUCCCAGUUAUUCGAGCGGUCACAGCUAAACAUGUAAAUCUUAACCCUGAUACUGCAACUCUGGAACAAAUUGAUAUCAUGGCAGAAGUGGAGUACAAUGGAGGGAUCCAGUUGGCUGUUGAUGCAUCCUCAAGGUUCUCUAAGGCUGCCAUGGUUAAGAUAAAAGUUGUUCAUCUUUCUGGUAAUGGUCGACUACAGUUUUCUAGGCACCCCUUCACCCACUGGAGCUUCUCCUUUUAUGAGGAACCUCAGGUGGAAUUUGAGGUUUAUUCAAGCCUUGGUCUUCACAUUCCACGUUUCAACUCAAUCAUCAUCUCUCAACUUAGAGGAAUACUGAAACGCAAGCACACCCUGCCAUAUUUCAAGUUUCGAGGUCCACCACUCAUCAAGAGGCUAACUCAACCAAUCAACGAAGAAGGUUGUUCCGUCCCCUCAGGAAGAUUGACUGGCAGUAUUGUGAAGUGCACGAGACUGCAGGCUGCCCUAGUCCAUGAGGUGAUGUACUGCACUGUGAUACUGAGUGAAGUUCCUAUUGUGUGUGCUGUGGAAAAGCCAUCAGGGAUGUGGGCAAUCCAGGACAUAACCCUCAAACGUCCCCAGGGGUCAUCAGCCGGUAUUUUGUUGCGCAAUUCAGACGAGGGCACACAGAUGGUAGAAUCAGUACAGCAGAAUUCUCCAGCCCACACAGCUGGUCUCAGAAAGAAUGACAUACUUUUAGCUGUUAAUGGAACAUAUUUGAACUCUGGCCAACAAGCAGCAAAGUUAUUCUCAACAAGCAACAUUAAUGGUGACAGCAAUAGUAUCACCCUGAGAGUGAAGCGACUUGUUGUGCCUGAGCCCAGAAAGAUGAUAGCUGAACAAAGAGCCGUUGGUUCUGACGGUGCUUCAUCGGGUGUCGGGGAGGAUACUUCAGGUAGACUCCACAUAGCUUCCAGUGGCCAGUCCAUUGUAGCACCUUGCACUGCCAACAGUAGUUAUAGUGGAGAGAAGUCUUCUAGUGCCUGGGUAGAGACCUCAAGUAGUGGUACCUCCAGUUGUAUUGGGACCAGUGAUGCCCGUGGUGGAGGAAGCUUAUCAUGUAGUAGCAGCCAUGGUGGUGGUUGUAGAGGAGGUGGCAGUGAUGUAGGAACUACUGCCUCUCUCUCAGUCGGUGGUGGUAGUAGUGUUGGCGGUAGCAGUAGUCGUGGUGUUGGUGGUGGUAGUAAAGGUAUUGAUCAUAUAGGUACCUCCCCCCAUGUUGGUAGUGGUGGAUCAGGAGCUUCAUUAGGUAACACCAGUGGUGGUAUUGAUGAUGAUGGUGGGCCUGGAGGAUCACGUGCUGUUAGCCCCUCUCACUUGCUUGCUGGGAUAAUGGGGACCUUCAACGGAGGCCGGCCAGCUAAGCACCGCUCUCUGCCAGGCUCGCCUGUCCUGCAGCGCACCAGUAGGAAUCGUAUAAGCUCAACACGAGAUGGUGAUAUCAGUGGGAGUGGAAGAUCAACACCUGACUCAAGCCACAACAGUAGUCCAGAGCUGAAGCGUAAACUGUUGGACCUGCACACACUUCCCACAGAUUCUCGACCAAUUAUAACCAAUCAGGACAAAUCUCCUGUAACUACUGCAGCCAAUAAAAGCCUUCCCCGACCUUUAAUAGGGAUCAACCAAGAUAAGUCCCCAGGUUCCGGUGUUGUUAAUCAGAGUUUUCCUGUGUCUCAACCUGUAAAUGAGAAGCCACCGUCAAACCAAAGCAGCAAAGCAGGGACUCCUACAUCACCAGACAUUAUGAUGAUUCCUAAUCCAGAGCGACGAGUAAUAAGAAGACAUGCGGGGAAAGGCAGAACACAUUUAAAAACUUUGCAGACACCAUUUGUUGAUGGAAGUGGUGAUCCAAUGUUUGACAGUGAUUUUGAAUUUUGGUUGGAGGAGGAGAACAAAUUCCUGAAUGUAGCUGUUUGGAGUAGAAACAUUUCUUCAUCAAAGCAAGAUAGUGACUCAGGGUCUUUUGAUAAACCUAAAGACAGCAAAGAUAAAUCUAAAUCUAAAGAAAAUGAAAGAGAAAGAAAAAAGAGUAAAGAAAGUGAGAAGUCAAAGACACGUGAAGAGAAGGUGACAGCAGGACUUACUGAUGAUACUUUGAUGGGUUACCUGAACAUUCCACUCAUAUCUCUGAUUCCUGAGACGACUCUCAACACCCAGGGUCAUGUUAUUAAAAUACUGACUCUGAAUCCUCCACAUCCCAAGUGUCCUGAAGUGGCAUCAGACCCACUCAUUCCACAUAAAGGUUUCACUCCAAGUCUGUGCUAUGGGGACAUGAUGCUCUCACUAACGUACCAACCACAGGACAGGUGUGAAGCCAUUGGCAGAGGAACUUUUGAUAAAACAGCCAUCUCAGAAGAUGAAAGCCUCACUGAUGGGACAUUGUCUGAGGAAGAUGACCUGUUGGGAAUGCAAGAGAUUGUGGAAGAUCGUAAUCAUGACUUUAAGAGGACUCACUUCCAUUCAGCCACACAAUGUGAUUUUUGUAAAAAGAAGAUCUGGUUGAAAGAUGCUUAUCAAUGUAGUGAAUGUGGGAUAAUCUGCCAUAAGAAAUGCAUGGUAAAGUGUGAACAAGAGACUGUUUGUGAUGCUGGCGGACUUCGGUACAGAGAUUCUCCGAGAUCUGAUGCUCGGGAAGGCCGAGAUAAUAAGGAUAUGCCACCGGAAAUUAUAACAACAGCUGCAGUAGGUCCGGGUACUGAUAAUGGCAGCCCAGGAAAUACUCCACCUGUGUCUCCUCAUACCCAACGCCGUACCCUCGGCAGCCUGCUUGCUCAGGUGGCGAGUGCCAGCAAGGGUAGUUUGAAGCGUGCCGGCUCAGCCCAUAACCUGGCCCCCCCAAACCCAUCCCCUGGUGGAACACUCUCACGUUCACUUCCCCCUUCCCCUCCCCAUUCACCCCAGCAUAGUAGGAAGGCAUCUCUUAGCGAGAAUUCCAACCUAUUUGUAGUCGACUGGGAUGAAGGAGACAGCAUUCAAUCAGUGUUAGACCGUUUACUGCUCUUCCCACACGAUGAGCGCUUGGUCACUUUAGCCAGAGAUUCAGCUAAGGAUCUACACUCACACUUACCUGGGCCAGAACGUAUGGAGAAAAUCAAUGAAACAUUGGCACAGUUGCAAACAUCAAUUGAUGGCGAAGGAGAAGUCAGAGUGGACUUAGCACGACAAGAAAGAGAAGCCAGUGAAGCUGGUGAUGCUCUGACCCGAGCCAGCAUAGCACUUCAAAUCUCUCAAUGUGAUGCUCGAACUCAGGCUCUGGCUCUACUUACCCUACACUACUGCACAGCCCUCCAGUACUGUACCACAUAUCCUAAAGGUGAUGGCCAGCAGGAGUUUGGGAAGGAAGCUGGUUUAAAUCAAGAUGUUGACCUCAGUAACAGUAAAGAUUCACCAAAGAAAAAACAGAAGCAAGCCGAAGGGUGACGCGGUAAGUAUCGUCGUUCUCUAUUCAAGAUCAAGAAGAGACUGUCACCAUGAGAAAAAGAUAACACAAAUGAGGUACAGUACAGUAUUGGUAAAUUUUGUGAAUGACAAUUUAGGAAGCAUAAUCUUGAAAAAUUAAAUAAAUAAAAUAAUUUAAUAAACAUAGUUUGUUAAAUACAGACAUAAAUCGUAUUGUACAUCAAAAACAAUAUUAUAGCAAUGAUUAUUAAUAUAGAAACAUGCAGUUUUAUAUUAAGUAAAAAACCUAUUACUGUAUACUUGUGCAACAGAAGAACAACAGUAAUGCAAAAACCCUUUGUAAAAUACACUAUUCAGUAUUCCUUAGUGAAAGACUGAAGUACUGUACAGUACAGUAUAGAGGUACAGUACUGGUAUAUUUGUACUACAGAUAUUAACAGUACAGUACUCCUCAUAUUCACUAAAUUUUAGAUUAGAUGGAUAUUUAUAUACCUUAUCAAUUUAUAAAUAGUGUAAUGAAAUACAGAACAGUGUAUAAAUCUGAAUGACCCUUUACAGUACUGUGGAUAAUAAUUGUAAUUUGUUCAAGUAAAAUCAAAGCCAAGAACAGUACAGUACUGUACAGUUACUCCUCAAAUGCAUAUGAAUUACUGUACUGUACAGUAUAUGGAUAUGUCAGUACAGUACAGUAUUCAUAUCUUAAUUAUACAAAUUAUAAAUGUGUAAUCAUAAUAAAUUUAAGGGUAAUUGCAUACACUGUAUGGUAUUAGAAACCACGAUGCUCAUGAAUUAGUGAUAUUAGAAUUUACUCUUCACAGUGAAAACUAGAAAACCAAGUGUAUUACAAGCCAGUGUUCCCUUCAUACAGUGGAGAAGUGCUUGAGGUACUGCCAGUUUCUUGGUCUUUUUAAUAAGUAAUACAGGUACUUUAUUUGCAUUUUACACAUGUAGCUAAUAAUUUUACAUUUCUGUAAUACAUCUAGGUGUACCGUACUUAAAUGAUGGCCGUUAAAAGCUUCACGUGCAAUUGACACUUUAGAAGUUCAUAAUUUUUUUUUUUUUUAUACUGUAGUGUAUUUAUAUGUCAUAUUUCAUAUAAAUGUUAAGUGAUAAGCAAUGACUCUUUUGUACCACGACUCAGGUGUUAGGGUGAGUCACCAUUGUGUUUAUAACAGACAUGUACGUGUGUCUCAACCAAAGAAAUAAUGAACAUUAGGAUAUAGAAUCUACCUGGUGCUGGGAACGAAAUAACAACAUAUAACUUCACUAAUUAAAACUUCCUAACUUCUAAGUUUACAUUAACUACAGGUAAAUCAUUGCCUGUUUUGACAGUUACUUCUGUUAUGUAAAACUAUUUUCUAGUUGUUAUGGUUGAAAUGAAGCAUUUGUCUUAGUUAUGUUGUACUGUACAGCAAUUAGCAUUUUCGUCGAAGGAGACACUCAACUGUCAACAAAAUUCUCUUGACUGAAUACUUUAUUACUUCAUGUAGCUACAACUUGUACUCAUUUGCAUUUCAUUUCUCAAGCUUUGUGUAAUCAAAAGCUUGCAGCUCAUUUAUGGUAAUACCUUUUCAGGUUUUGAACAAGCCAAAUAGUUACAGAAUAGAGCUCCUUUUUAUAUGUGCAUGAAAAGACAUCAGUUUUGUAAAGAUAUCAAGUAAAUAAUUUUUAUGUGAUGCUAAAUGUGACAAAAUAGUCUUUUCGAGUGCAACAUGGUCAUGAGUAGCUAUUUUUUAAGUGUUUGCCUCUUUAGUACUGUUGUUGUAGCAGAUAACGAAAAGAAGGUACUGAAGUAAACUCUGGCCAGAUAGUAACUGGCAUUUAACUCUUACAUUUAUAAGUGUUAAUUAUGUUGCUGGUAAAGUUUUUCAUCGAUGCUGAUACUUGUGAAUGAGACUAUAUAUUUCUUCUCUAGUCAGAACGUUGGUGAUUACAGGAAAUUCAUCAAGACCAUCCCAUUUUGCACCACCUUUGAGGAUUACUUUAAUAAAUUCUGUUGUUUAACUAUUGCACCUCCACUAGAAAAUAUAACAUUUUCCACAAUACUCUUACCUAGCUUUAUUAGUCAGCUGAGUGAUUACCGGUCCCAAGUGGUCGAUAGUGAGAACUGUUGGCCAGUUCUUGGUCACUCAUUUUAAAACCUAUGUACUGCCACAAUAUGGAUCUUGAUACAGUAUAUUGUAUGUUCUUCAUUUAAAAGUUAAUUGUUGUUUCUUCACUCGGUUAUUUCUUACAUUUUAGGAAUUGUCUGUCUAUCAAUAUGAUAAUCUUUACUUCUCUCCCACCUUUAUAUGCAGUGGAUUAAGAGGAACACUUACAUGUUAUUAAUGAUCUAUUAGUAAUCUUUAUUUUCUCCCACCUUUGAGGUGGAUUUAAAGGGAGAGAAAUUUCAAACACGGAAGAAAUAACGGAGUUUGGUGCAAGACAAGUUUAGAAAGUGACAGGAAGGAUUAAAACAACAACACACAUAUACUUGUCCAUAUCCUCAACUUUGAUUUUCAGUAUGUAAAGUGAGUCCUUAGUCUUCACAGUGAAGAAAUUUUUCCUAUUAAUGCUCCAUUCUUUGUAAUUUUUAGUACUGUGACUGGAGACUGAUCAACGAAGAAAGUCUUUGGCAAUAAAUGAUUAAAUUUGGUUAUUUGAUGUUGAAUAGGUUUGCUUCUUUCACAAAAAUUAAAUUUGGUACUGUAGUUUGAUAAUACAGUAUAUACCAGUAAGUAGAUUUGAUCCUUUGAUGAUAAUUGGAUUAAAUUUCUUAACAUUAACCAGAAUUGAUUACUAUUUAUCAUCAGUUUCAUAUUUAAUAACCAAGUUUGAUCUAGUUACACAAGUCUACCCACAUUCACAACUAUACAACUUUCAUGCUAGUUGGUUUAAGAAGUUUUAUGUUUAAUUACCUGUAUUCAACUGGUAGAGGACCUCUCAACACAUCUUAACUCUUUUAUGGAUUUUACGUCAUAUUUUUUGUUUCCACGUUCUUAUCGAUCUAAUUCACUCCUAUUGCUAUGAACAUCACUUUUAUAUCAUAUAGUACAACUUGGUUCCCAAAUGAGUCUUAAUAAUAAGAUUUAAUUGAAGCAUAAUACUGUACCACGUAAGUGAAGAUACACCACAGUGAUAUCCCUGUUAGCCAGAAUAAUUGGUGCAGAGCUCUUCCAGGAAUGAGAGAUUUCCGGGUAUUGAGAUGAAUUUCUCAUCCACUGAAAAAAUCCCACAUCCCCAGAAUUUUUUAGGGUACUGGGGUAAAUUUGAUUAUUCACGGGUAGAACCAUUGUAUACCUGCUCAUCAUUCACGGGCAGGUUUCGUUAUUCACUGUUUGUGGUCAUGUUUUCCUGUAUCUCCGCAGUCCAUGGGACGUCCGUGUUUUGUGUUUACUGUACAGGACCGUAUCAUGCGGGACACCACGCUCUCUCAAGUCUCCUGCGUCCGUCACGGUAACACUUGCAGCUCUGCCAUUAUUGCUCUUUUUGGUGACUUUUUUGUCCUUAGUGAUGUCUCAGGGUGAGUGUAUCAAGUGCAAAGAGGCAGAAGAAAAUUAUUAUUUUAAGUAAAAUUG